AUGACCGAUCCAUUCUGUGUUGGAGGAGGCCGCCGGCUCCAGGGGUCCAGCAGGAGUGGACCCGGGAAGGAUGGUGGCCGGAAGGAGGUUCGACUUCCCAUGCUGCAUGACCCACCAAAGCUGGGGAUGCCGGUGGUCUGCAGUGGACAGACAGUGCCUGGCCAAGCCCCACUCUGCUUUGACCCAGGAAGUCCAGCCAGUGACAGGAUGGAAGGGAAGAAAAAGGGACGGCCAAAAGCUGAGAACCAGGCCCUCCGAGACAUUCCUCUCUCCCUGAUGAACCAGUGGAAAGAUGAAUUCAAGGCACACUCGAGGGUGAAGUGUCCAAACUCGGGGUGCUGGCUGGAGUUUCCCAGCAUCUACGGGCUCAAGUACCAUUACCAGCGGUGCCAAGGGGGCGCCAUCUCAGAUAGGCUGGCCUUCCCCUGUCCCUUCUGCGAGGCCGCAUUCACCUCCAAGACCCAGCUGGAGAAACACCGGAUUUGGAACCACAUGGACCGACCCCUGCCUGCCCCCAAGCCUGGGCCAGUUAGCCGGCCAGUGACCAUCAGCCGGCCUGUUGGGGUCAGCAAGCCCAUUGGAGUAAGCAAACCUGUCACUAUUGGCAAACCUGUGGGUGUCAGCAAACCCAUCGGCAUCAGCAAACCUGUUACGGUCAGCAGGCCCGUGCCGGUCACCAAACCUGUGCCAGUCACCAAAUCUGUGCCGGUCACCAAACCUGUGCCGGUCACCAAACCUGUGCCGGUCACUAGGCCUAUGCCAGUCACCAAGCCUGUCACAGUCAGUAGGCCCAUGCCAGUCACCAAGGCCAUGCCGGUCACAAGGCCUGUGCCAGUUACCAAGCCAAUACCGGUCACCAAGUCUGUGCCAGUCACCAAGCCUGUGCCGGUCACCAAACCCAUGCCAGUCACAAAGCUCAUGACAGUUACCAAGCCAGUGACAGUGAGCAGGCCCAUUGUGGUCAGCAAGCCGGUAACGGUCAGCAGGCCCAUUGCCAUCAGCAGACACACACCGCCCUGCAAAAUGGUACUGCUGACCAAGUCUGAGAACAAAGCACCGCGUGCCACAGGGAGGAAUGGUGGCAAGAAAAGGUCUGCGGACAGCCUGGAUGCCUGCCCCAUCCCAUCCAAGCAGGCAAGGCCAGAGAACAGGGAGUAUGGUCCGUCCACCACAGGCCAGAGCACAGCCUUGCAGCUGAAUGCAAACCCCAGCAGCGGCUCCCUGUUGCCAGGCAGCAGGCCCUCUGGAGACCUAGAGGUGCUACGGGCUGCAGGUCCUGUGCCCACCUCUGAAGAGGACCCAGAGCGCACAAAGCACAGAAGGAAACAGAAAACACCCAAGAAGUUUACAGGGGAGCAGCCGUCCAUCUCAGGGACCUUUGGGCUCAAAGGCCUGGCCAAAGCCGAGGACAAGGCCCGAGUUCACCGCUCAAAGAAGCAGGAGGGGCCAAGCCCCGAAGACGUGCGGAAGAAGGUGCUGGCCACCCCCAUCACUGUCAGCAAGGAAGCGCUGGCCCCUGUGGCCCACCCAGCCCCAGGUGGCCCUGAGGAGCAGUGGCAGCGGGCCAUCCAUGAGCGGGGGGAGGCUGUCUGCCCCACCUGCAAUGUGGUCACUCGGAAGACCCUCGUGGGGCUCAAGAAACACAUGGAGGUGUGUCAGAAGCUGCAGGACGCCCUCAAGUGCCAGCACUGCCGGAAGCAGUUCAAGUCCAAGGCUGGCCUCAACUACCACACCAUGGCUGAGCACAGUGCCAAGCCUUCCGACACCGAGGCCUCUGAGGGGGGCGAGCAGGAGGAGCGAGACCGGCUGCGCAAGGUGCUGAAGCAGAUGGGGCGGCUGCGCUGCCCCCAGGAGGGCUGUGGGGCCGCCUUCUCCAGCCUCAUGGGCUACCAGUACCACCAGCGGCGCUGCGGGAAGCUGCCCUGUGAAGUGGACAGUCCCUCGUUCCCAUGCACCCACUGUGGCAAGACCUACCGCUCCAAGGCUGGCCACGACUACCACAUACGCUCGGAGCACACAGCCCCGCCCCCUGAGGAAUCUACAGACAAGCCGCUAGAGGCAGAGGAGCUGCUGGGCGUGGAGCGGACCCCAAGCGGCCGCAUCCGCCGCACAUCGGCCCAGGUUGCCGUGUUCCACCUGCAAGAGAUUGCAGAGGACGAGUUAGCCCGCGACUGGACCAAGCGGCGCAUGAAGGACGACCUCGUGCCUGAGACUGCACGGCUCAACUACACUCGGCCAGGCCUCCCCUCACUGAGCCCCCAGCUGCUGGAGGCGUGGAAGAACGAAGUCAAGGAGAAAGGCCACGUCGGCUGCCCCAACAAUUGCUGCGAAGCCAUCUACUCCAGUGUGUCCGGCCUCAAGGCCCACCUCGCCAGCUGCAGCAAGGGGGACCACUUGGUGGGCAAGUAUGGCUGCCUUCUGUGUCCGAAGGAGUUCAGCUCUGAGAGCGGCGUCAAGUACCACAUCCUAAAGACCCACGCAGAGAACUGGUUCCGUACCUCAGCAGACCCGCCUCCCAAACACCGGAGCCAGGAUUCAGUGGUGCCUAAGAGAGAGAAAAAGAAAAGCCUAGUGGGUGGGAAGAAGCGGGGUCGCAAGCCCAAAGAGCGGUCCCCCGAGGAGCCCACACCCAAGCUGGGACCCCGCCGGGACGACUGGCCCCCAGGAGGCAGAGAAAAGGUGGCCCGGGGCUCCACGGGCCGGAAGGCGGGAGCCGGCAAGUCACCUGAAAAGUGA